AUGAUGUGGACCAGCGUUCCUUGAGAAAUGAGUGGGAAUUUGCCCAUCCUAUUAAACACUGGGUAUGGCUGGAUGCAGACACACUGGCUGUGGUAACAGAGAAAGAUGUAUUCCACUGGACCAUGAAACGUACCAGACCAAGAUGGCAGUUCAGCCGGCAUGAACGACUUUGUGGCAUGGAAGUGAUAGGGUAUCACCGGGAUGUCAAUUGUGUGUGGAUGGCUCUUUCAGCUCUAGGACUUGAGCAGGGCCUGGUUGUGGGUUUGACCCAGCUGUAUUGGCAGGGGGGUCCCCUGUCUCAGGUCAUAGAAGCCCAAGCAGUGGCUCUGCCACAGCACAGAUUUUCCAGAAAUCCAAAACCUUCAACUGCCCUCUUGGCUGCUGUGCGAAGAGGCAAGGAACGGACUGGACAGUUCCAUGUGGUGGAGCUUGGUCCCCACCAGGCAGGGAAUGCAGCUUUGCUUAGUGCCCGUGGCACCUUGCCCUUCAAGGGACCGUGGCUAGGGGACUUCCCCAGUGUUGUACAGUUCUUGACUGACUUGGGUGUGGCCAUGAUACUUACGAAGCAUGCCUUUCUCUUCCUUGUGGAUGUUGAGACAGCACAAACCAUCCAUUGCAUCCAGCUGAUCUGUGACAUUGUUUUUACUACUGUAAUUGAUGAUGACAGGCCCCAUAGCCUACUAGGAGUCUGCCGCAGUGGCAAGGUCCUCUCUAUCUCCAUCUGCCCUGAUGCCCUGUGGCAAUAUCUGUCUCACCAUCCUGCCAGCCUUUCCCUUUCCCAACGAGUGCUGCAGCUGGUAGGUGAGAUCCCUCCUCGAUAGACGGCUGUUCUUGUGGAGUGAAUUAUGACCCAAAUAAGGAGGACCAAAUAUGACCACAACAUUACAUAUGUGUCUUCUAGCCCUCUUGGACUUCCUUGGGUUUGUGGAAAGGGAGAAGCAGUUGGGUGAGGGGGGUGGGCUAAAUGUCCCACAACAGUGGUGGUCAGUAUGGAGCAAUGACUGGUGUGAAGCACCAAGCCUGUUGACCUGGUCGUCUGGAAUAAGGAAGAGGCAUGGGUAAUACUGUGGAGAAAGAGGACUGUUGUAACUAUGAAUCUGAUUUAUUCUUAUUUUGUAAUAUGCAGACAUUUUAGGAAAAGAAAAAAGGUAUCUUGCAGGGAGUAUGAGACAAGGUUGCUAAGAAAUGUUUGUGUCUGGGGGUAGUUUAUGUAUCCAGCUUUUUGUCUUUUUUCUGGCCUAAAUAUCCCUUUUUAAAAGGGGAUCAUGAGCAAGGAUAGCAUCUGCAUCCCUUAUUUAUGAGGAGUGCUGGGUGCAGA